AUGGUAAUAAUGGAGGUUACACCGGGUCAUCUUUUUCCGAGACCAACGAACUUGCUGGUGAACAGGAAUUUCGGGGCCCCUGUGCAGCAGGGAGAUGCUCCUCCUGCUUACAAGGACGACCAUUCUCCGCCACAGUACUUGUUGACUGCAUUGCCGUGGAGCCCAUUGCGUCAGCUCCACAACGGAAACAUUCUGGAAUACCACGAUCUUGCCCUCAGGGCGGACGGCAUCAUUCGGUAUCCGGGGGACAGUCCCGAUGACCUUCCAAGGCUGGGGAUUCGUGGGAGGAUAUGGUUGGAGAUCAAACGAGACGUUCUGGAGAGGGAAGGCGUUCCAGUAGAUUUGAUUUUGCAACAGCAUCCUGAAGUUGAUGAACGACAUGUUGUUGACGGGCUUGAAAGGACAAGUCGAGUGAACCAGCUGUCACAACCUUCCAGCACCGCUAGUAUCCCAUCAUGCUCUUGUGGAACGCCACCUGCCGCCCUUGUUGGAAAAAUUACAAUAUCCCUCGCCCGCGACAUUGGACGAGUCUCGUUUCCGGUUCACACAGUCCACACCAAUACCGAAGCAUACGACUCGUACGCGGCUUCGUGUGACCGGGUCUGGCACUAUUUGAAAACCAGUCCACAGUCCACGCGGCAGAGAGACGAACUUGCGCAAAGAUCCAAAGCCGAAGCCCAAGCCAAAGGGGAGCGAGGCCGCGUCGCCAGUGAAGAAAGCGUCUUCCUCACGUACGGAACUGCGAAGCGGGAAAAAGGGGGGAAUGUGCCGCCGGUUGAAAUAUUUUUAUCUGAGCCACGAGCACCGAGAUGCAUGCAGAUCAGAUGGUAA